AUGAGAGUAAUAACAAGAGCUGUCACUUACUGUGUAACUAUAGUUUGCUGGGGCUUCACGUGUAUUCAGGUGUCACUUAGGUCUCAACCGCAAGCCUGCACGGUGGGUACUGUGGAUCUCUAUGCGAAAGGGGACAAGGUGAGCAAAUGUGGAACACUCGCUGGGUUUGGGGAUGGUGGGGAGCAGUUGGUGUUCCUGGAACAUGGUAUAGCCGUUGAAAGUAGAAAGGAGUUGGGGAUCGAGGGCACGGCUGCGGAGUGUCAGAGCCAGGAUAAGGUCAUUGAUCAGGCUCAGGAAAUUAACCCUCUCAGUCCCUGGUUCUUGUCAUAUUCGUUCCAGCCACCCGCCCCAGGUGGAUUCCAGAACAAGGAGCCUCUUGGCUCGCAGACAUCGUCCAUCACCCUUAGCCAGGGGUCUGACAUCCAUCACGGGUCUCGGCUGUUUGCUGAGCUGUACCUGUCCGAUAUAGAGAAAAUGUUUGAGGAGGACGUUGACUCGACUGGAGCCCUGGACAUGGAAGCUUUCAUCAAGGCCACGAAGAAGGUUCUGAGUGGUGUGUCAGAUGAGAUGCUGGAGGCACUGUUUUUGAAGGUGGACUCGGACUGUAAUGGCUUCGUCACCUGGGAAAAGUAUAUGGAUUACAUGAUGCGUGAGUUCCAGGGAAAAGAGGAGAUGAGGAAGAACCAGUACCGCCUGCACUUCUUCCUUCCCAUGACGAUCAUCCCCCUGAAUCAUGGCUGUGAGAUUGUAAAAGUGGAGUUUUUAAUCCACUGGCUCAAGAAGAUGGGGUGUUUCCUGACUGUCACCAAAGACGGGAUCCUGCAGUUCUGGUCUGAGUCCUUCUUGCUGAUCAAGUCCUUUUGGCUUAACCAGCAGCUCCACAGCCAGCAGAUGUGGGUCACUGACAUGGUGUGUCUGCACCACGUGAACCUCGUUGCAGUUGCAACUACUGAACAGAAGAUAGAGUUCUUUAAUAUCAGUAAUGGUAAAUGUGUCCGGGACUUCACCUUUACUGAGCUGGACAGCUGUGUCCUGGUCAUGGACUACUGGUCUGACUAUCACAGAGGUGUGUUCUGCUACGGGGACACCAAAGGCAAUGUCAUCAUCUUCACCUCGGACAACGUGGCCGAUGGGCUGUUCAACCCCAACAUCCUCCCCAAGGCCUCCAAACAGGAGCACUGGAUCAAAGUUUCCACGCAGAAACUCUUAAAUGAGAAGUCCACCUUGCAUAGAAGUUACCGAAUGAAGGCUCUGCAUCCCAACUGGUGUCAGAAGGUCAAGUUCAUCCACCAGCUGAAUCUGGUGGCCUCCUGUUCUGCCAUCGAGAAGUCCUCCCUGGUGCUGACAAUAUUGCCACCCAAUGCUUCUGAGAAGCCCACGUUGUUAGCGCUGAAUCUAAGAAAAGGGAUUCUUUGCUUUGAUUACUGCCCAGACAAGAACUUCCUGGUGACCGGUGGUUACAACCCCAUCAUCCACCUCUGGAACCCCUUUGUCUCAAAAAAACCUGUGUGGCUGAUGAAGGGACAUCAGACCUCAGUGACACAUGUCAUUGUGAACAGCAAGGACAGCAGCAUCCUCAUCAGCAUCUCCAAGGACAAGAACAUCCGCGUGUGGGACAUGCACGACCACAUAUGCCUCCAGUCUUUCUGCGGGAAGCUGUUUGCCCUGGGAAAGUGCCCCAUCACCAGCGCGUACUUCCACAGGGACGACACCCUCAUCUGCAGCACCUAUUCAAUUGGGAUCCUAAAAGGGUACUUGGAGUCCCAGGGGCCUAUGAAAGCAGGGAAGAUCUCAACUCAUGGCUCGUCCCUGUGCGCUGUCCUCUACAGCAAGACCUUUAAGCAGGUGGUGACUGGCAGCCUGCAAGGCUCAGUGAGUGUGUGGGAGGUCGUGACGGGCAGGAAGGCGAUGGAGUUCUCUGUGUCCAGUGCCCGGAACGUGGAGCUGACCGCCAUGGCCCUGGAUGAAUCUGAGCGGUGCCUGCUCACAGGUUUAGGUGAUGGCACGAUGAAGAUGUGGAACUACAACAUCGGUGAAUGCCUUUUGGCCUUUCCCAACCCAGACCAGCUAGAGAUUAGUGGGAUUGUCCAUAUGAACAAAGUGUACUACAUAACAGGGUGGAGUAAGAGAAUCACCUGUUUCAUGUUCCACGAGACCAGUCCAGUGCUCUUGUGCCACCACUGGCAGACCUUCCACACAGAGGAUGUCCUGAGCAUGGCCAAGUACCGGGACCAGUUCCUCGGGACCGCCUCCUACAAUGGGGACAUCCUCUUCUGGAGCACCAACAUCUUCAAGCCCGUCUUCAGUUUCAACGCCUCUGAGAGCCCCUUGCCCUCGCAGCCCAAGAGGGUGAAAGAUGUGGAUGGCUGCCUGCCCGAGAGCCACGGGCCCAGCAGGCCCUGUGUGGAGCAGGAGAAGUGGGUGAGCAAGGCCCACAGGAAGAUCUCUAGCGCCAGCCACAGGACUGUGGCCAAUGCCAACCUGAGGCGCAGCCUGACGUCAGCUCCCCCGGUGAUGAGACAUGAGGGAGACAAGGAGCCAGACGGGCCUGUGCCCCAACAGAAACGUUCCAACGCUGACAGAUCCAAGCGGCCAAGCAAGCCCCAGAGCAGACAGCCAUCAAUGCAAGAGGCGGAAGUGAGAGGGGAGUUGCAGAAGAUGUUGCUGCAGUCCAGCGCUUCCGUGGAGAAGAUCAUCUUCCUGCAGACCAGGCCUCGCCAGCUGCACACGGCUGCCCUGCUGAGCAGCUGCAGCAACGGCUACAUCUACGCCUGGUCCAUCCACGGGAACGGAGGCCUGCUGGGGAAGUUCCCUGUGGACCUCAGAGCCAACGGGGAUGUUGUCGUGGGUGCCAUGGCCACUGACAAAAAUGACUGGAUCCUCAUCACGGGGGAUUGCAAAGGACAAAUCAAGAUCUGGGACAUCAAGGAUUACUGCGUAGUCACUCACCAACGGCCAUCCCAGUCUGGUGGGGGUGAGGGCGUCUCUGAAAUAGAGAACAAGUUCCGGGUCUUAAUUCCUCAACAGAUUGGGACCGGCUUCUCACACUACAGUCCCUCGGAUGAGGAAGAGGUCGUGGAUGGCCAGACCAUUUCCCUGGUUCUCCCCAAGCUCCUGAUUACCUGGAAGGGCCAUGUGGAUAGUGUGACGGACAUCCUGUAUGUGGACAGCUUCCAGCUGGUUAUCAGUGCUGGCCAGGACCGGAACGUCAAGGCUUGGAAACUCUCCGGUGAUGCCAUUGGAACGUUUGGCCUGAGUAUGUGGAAAAUACUCCAUGAUGCCCCUGGUGGUCUUCAAGAACAAAAGGCAAACACGGACUCCACAGGCACCGCCGGGAAGGCCUCCCACCUGGAGCUGCAGGAGGAGCAGGAUCUCACUGAGGCCCUGGUGUACCAACGGCGGAAGCAGGUGGCACUGCUGGCCCUCCUGAACGAGAAGGCAGAUACGGAGGCGGAGCCUUGGGCCAAGCUGCAGAAGCUGUCCCCGCUGUCCCCAUGGGCUGGAGAGCGCUUCCCGGAAGACAUCGAGGACAGCUGGAGCAAGUGGGAGUCUCAGGUGAGCAAAGUCUUGGGAACAGCAUACAGGCCCAAGGAGCGGUGGCGGAAUACCAGGUUCCUGUCCACCCACGUGCAGUAUGGCUGGAUGAAGCAGCAGAUCUCGCCCCAGGUCUACCAGAGCCUGCACUUUGCUGAACUGACGCCCAUCCAGCAGCCCAGCUUCCCGACCAGCAGGGGCCCACACGUCCUCCUGGCACCCCCUGACAUCCAGAAGGACCUGGAGCCUGGCCGGGAGCUGGCCAUGAUGGAGGCCACGGCCAACACGCUCCCCACCACCUCCUCCCGUUCUUCCUUUCUGUCCCCGACAGCCUCAGCCUCCAGGUUGCCGGACUCCGCCUUGCCCGCCUUCCUGAGGCCACAGUCCUCCGGCUUCUUGCUGCGCCCCUGGUUGGCCUCCACGGCCCAGUCCACACACUCGAUCCCAUCCCCAGUGUCCAAGCCCACCCUGCAGAGGUUGGUGAGCUCCAUGCCCAUUGCCGCCUCCCCCAAGCAGCUCCCAAGGCCUCUGAAGACCACCUUCAUGUCCUCUGUGGAGAAGGGCCCCCACAUCAGGUUCUGAGGUGCCCCGGCCUUCUCUCUACUCCUCCAGCAGGGCGUCCCAGCCCGUGGGGUCCUGCAUGUCCCUGGCUUAUGCCCUGCGAGGCCCAGAGGGUGUGGCCCUCCCCCUGCUACCCCCGUCUGCCUCUCUGGUGAAGUCCACCUGUCCCUGCCCGUCUUCUCUCUGGCUUCGCACCAGAGUCCUGGA